AUGAAAAACAUUUCACUUUUGGGUAUCCAAAUCAGUCGGUCAUUUGCCGGACUUCGGACACCUAAUCUUACUUGGAACCAACUCGUUGAUGAGCUACACAACAUGGCUACAGCAAAUACAAAAGAAAAUGAAUAUUCAAAAGUCCUAAAAACGGCUACGCCCGCGUCGGGCAAAUCGCAAAUGUAUCCAGGUGUUACUGGGGCUGGUAAAGGCGUGCUAGCACAGGCAGAUGCAGUGCAAAAUGCAAAGAAAGCCAAAAUGAAGAGGUUCUUUCACAAACUCAAAGAAAACAUCGGAUUUGUUGAGCGAACUGAAUUUUCGAAGGAACUAAGCACAGCUAUGGAAGAAAUGGACCGCUACAAGCUGUGUCUCGAUCGUUUAGCAGAUGCUGUCUGUGGGGUGAUACAAGAAAAUCCUAAGUUCCGUAAAACUGAAAAACAAAUGGAACUGGCUCCUCCACCAGGUCAGAACUGCUUCGAGAUGGUAUCGACAUGGUUGAGCACUCAAAAAGGCUUUGAAGAAUAUCCAAACUGUAAAAACCAAAUUGACAUAUACAAGAAGCUGGGCGAAGAAAACAGAGAAUACUUACAUCGAGCUCGACGCGCACUUCACAAUAUUAGAACAUUCAUUCAACAUGACUACUGGGUGAUAGGGGAACAGCGAACAGAGUUGGACAACUUACGAUCAGAGAUGGAUUUUGCGAAAGCGGAGCUCAAAUCGACAAAAGAACCACAACUAAUAGAGAUAAGAAACAAGACAUACAAUGAAGCAGUAACAGCAUUUGAAGAGAAACUUAAACAGGUGACGAACUCAAUGGAUUCAAUUCCAAAACAUAGACAAUCUCAUGUGGCUGAUUUAGUCGAAUUUGCAAACUGCACAAAGCAUUAUCAUGAAAAAAUGGCGAAGAUCUUGGAUGCUGGAAACAAAUAG